AUGGAGGCCUGCAACACAGUGCCGCACGAGGGCGUCAAGUCCGAGGACGCCUUUCUGAAGGAGCGCGCCGUGGAGAUGGAGGAGCACACCGCCGUCACUCACACUGCGGCGCCUCCCAUGCUGGUCGCGCAGGAUCGCCUGAAGGUGGUCGUGGCUGCGGCGCUCCGUGGAACGCUGGAGCGCAGCCAGGCGGCUGAGGCAGCAGACGCCAGCACGAUGGAGGAGCUUAUCGGCGCCCGCACCCUCGUGGACGCCUUGUCCAACGCGGACAGCGUGGAGCUGUUCGACACCACCUUCGAGAGACAGGCUCCCAUCGACAAGCUGAGCCUCGCCAUGCUGAACAACCAAUGCGAGGAGAGCGAGGCCAUCCAGACACCGACUGAUGGCGGGGGCACUGUCCACACGAUGGCUGAGAUGGACGCGAUCAUCUCACCCCCCAGUGUGGACAGCCUAGACGGCCCGCCCAGCAAUGAGAACAAGGGGCUAAGCGACAUCACCUUCGAGAGCUUGGUGUGCAUCGACAAGCAGUUUCCCGACAUGUACCCGCCCAGCGACAACGAGGAGCUGAGCGACACCGCCUGCGAGACUCCUGAGCCCGCCGAUAAGGAGGUCGUCGACCCGUGCGGCGAGGAGGCCACGGAGCAGUCGGCCCUCGUGUGCAGCACCACCUUCGAGGAUAAGCAGUAUGUGCGGGAGGCGAAGAUGUUAGGCAAUUUCUUUGAAGGAAGCAUACGGUACGAGCUGGUGCACUGCGAGGAUGGCGACACGGAGGUGCCCCCUGGAGCGCCGAGCUUGCCGCCGUCUGCCGAGAAAGCGAUCGACAAGUGCGUCGAGGAGCCCAUGGAGAAGAAUCCCCGCUGGCUCUGUCUCGUCGGUGAGAACUGGGACCCGUCCGGCGCUUGCGACAAAGACGCCGAACUCGAAAAAGAGAUGGAGCCAGAGAAGUAA